UAAUGUACGCAAUGACGUCAUUUGACAGUUUUGGGAGGCUAGCUUCUUGACGGAGGAACAAAGUGAAAGCACAGCGGAUGUUUGAUGUGCAACAGCCUACUAAACAAAGUUUUCCCAAUACACCUGCCACGCAACCACCCAACAGUCUUCACCGUGACACCUAAGAGCACGCCACACUGGCAGCAAUGUCUUAUAGUAAAGCAGACAGCUAUCGCACCCAGCCUCGGGACUCCAAUACCCUCAUCCAGACAUGCAGCUCAAACAUCCAGAAGAUCACACAGAACACUGCUCAGAUAAAGAGCAUGGUGAAUCAGCUGGGGACGAGACAAGACACAAGCCAACUGCAGGACCGUCUGCAGCACAUACAGCACUUUACAAACCAGCUGGCCAAGGAGACCAACAAGCACCUGAAAGACCUGGGCUCCGUCUCACUAUCUUCAGCACCUUCAGAGCAGAGGCAACAGAAGAUCCAGAAGGACCGGCUGAUGAAUGAAUUCUCCGCUGCCCUCAACAACUUCCAGGCCGUACAGCGCCAGGCAGCACAGAAGGAGAAGGAGUCUGUGGCCAGAGCCAGAGCUGGUUCCCGUCUCUCUGCUGAAGAUGGUGCCUCUGAGGAACAGCUCGUGUCUUUUGAUAACCAAGAAGAUUGGGGUCAGACAACCACACAGACGACAGAGGAGGCCAUAACAGAAGAGGACUUGGAGCUUAUCAAGGAGAGAGAGACCAACAUCAGACAGCUGGAGUCGGACAUCUUGGAUGUGAACCAGAUCUUCAAGGAUCUAGCAGUGAUGAUCCAUGAUCAGGGAGAGAUGAUUGACAGCAUAGAGGCCAACGUGGAGAGUGCUGAGGUCCACGUAGACCGAGGGACAGAACAGCUCCAGAGAGCCUCCUACUACCAGCAAAAGUCCCGUAAGAAGAUGUGCAUUCUGGCUAUGGUCUUGUCCAUAGUACUGACCAUACUAGGCAUCAUCAUCUGGCAAGCCACCAAAUGAGAAGAGAGACAGACAACCCUCCUCUCUUUCACAUCUUUAUUUAUUUCAUUCCCCCACCCAACCUGAAACACCAGCCCGGGAUGGAUACUCACCCAACCUGAAACACCAGCCCGGGAUGGAUCCCCUCCAACCUGAAACACCAGCCCGGGAUGGAUCCCCUCCAACCUGAAACACCAGCCCGGGAUGGAUCCUCACCCAACCUGAAACACCAGCCCGGGAUGGAUCCCCUCCAACCUGAAACACCAGCCCGGGAUGGAUCCUCACCCAACCUGAAACACCAGCCCGGGAUGGAUCCUCACCCAACCUGAAACACCAGCCCGGGAUGGAUCCUCACCCAACCUGAAACACCAGCCCGGGAUGGAUCCUCACCCAACCUGAAACACCAGCCCGGGAUGGAUCCUCACCCAACCUGAAACACCAGCCCGGGAUGGAUCCUCACCCAACCUGAAACACCAGCCCGGGAUGGAUCCUCACCCAACCUGAAACACCAGCCCGGGAUGGAUCCUCACCCAACCUGAAACACCAGCCCGGGAUGGAUCCUCACCCAACCUGAAACACCAGCCCGGGCUGGAUCCCCUCCAACCUGACACACCAGCCCGGGCUGGAUGCCCGGAGCGAUGCCCAGCUAGCUCACUGUUGCCAGGGUCAGGGGAGUGGCAUCAGGGCAAAGCGAUGGGUCUGGGAUAUGUAACCUGACACUCCCUACCGUAGCUCAAGGUCUCCAGCUAACCUCCUGUCUCAUUUACCCUGAGACAAGGCAGUAGUAUUUCUAUUCAAAUGAAGGAGAGUAUUGGAGUGAAAUGGGGCGGGAGAGUGUGGAUUAAUAUAAAGAUAUUCUGUUUAAUUCUACUUGUGAUAUUUACUACACUAACAUUCAUUGUAUUUCCAGACACAUAAUACAUCAUUGUUGUUAUAUCAUUGUUGAUGAACUAUUAUAUAUAUAUAUCAAUUGGGGACGGACACCGAUAUGGAGAAAAAAAAAUAAAACUGUUGUUUUUGUAAAUUCAUCUCUGGGUUUUGUAGGGAGAUAAAUGAUUUUGGUAACCUGUACAUUUCCUGCACCUUUCUGGUAUGUAAAACAGUUUAGAGUGCCACACUCCAUUGAAGUUAUAGGAGAGGUUUCCUGAACACAGAUUGAGCCUCGAUGGCGAUUCUGCAUUGAGCUUGCAUUUUAGUCCAGGACUAGUCUUAAUAUGUGUCCGGGAAAACCACCCCAUGGUCCUUAUAUUGCUCAGGUGAGAUCAGGUUCUGAUAGUGAACCUUUUUUUUUUUUUUUUUAAUUUUAAAUCCAACUGUCUACAUGAUAAUAACAAACUCUCUGGUCGUAAUAAACACAUUUAUUAACACUGUUGAAGAGCAAACCUUUUAGCAGUUUCCAAAACACUGAUUUAAGCUUCAAAUUAUUUGUAAUUACGUUUCCGGCACCUUACCAACCAUCCGCUCAAUUCUUUUUUUCUUUUUAUCAUCCCGCGGUUCAAAUCUAGUUUAUAAUCCCUGUCGUAGAUGGUGUUGACUGGAUACGAUGACCAUAGUUGUUGAUGUGCUGUAAAACUUCAUUUAUGACUGAUGUUCUCGUUAUGAUGCAAUUCUUUUGUAAUAUAUUACAAUCUUGGACUAUAAACCCAUUAUAAUGACAAUAUUAUAUCUGUUAAUUGCAACCAUAGUUUUAAAAACAAAACAAAAGUAAUUGUCAGCCUGUUUUAUUGAUAUCUAUGGCUUCUAUCAAUAUGCUUAAAUAAAAAAUCUUAAAUACAA